AUGGCCGCCGGUAUCGACCAACAACAACAGAUGAUGACGAUUUUAGGUUGGUUUUUAUCUUGAAAGUGGCCUCAAAAAAGAGAUCCGUUAGGUUUUUUUUCUGCAAAAUGCGCCAUGCCCUUUACCUCAGUGCAACAUGAUAGAAAAAAACUUCGAUUAUUUUUAGCAAUAAAUUUAAAAAAAUAAAAUUAAAUAGCGGUCUUGAAAAAAAGCGUGAAACUUAGGUUCCUGCUGAAUAUUAAAAAAACAAUUUCAUUAUAUAUCUUCUUUUCAAGAACUUAAAUUACACGUUUUUGACUCGAAGUCAUAUAGGUUUUUUUGAAAAAUAGCUCAGUUAGAAAUAUUUUUUUGAAAAACAUCGAAUGUAAAUUGAUUCUGAUCCUAUGCAAAAAAACCAAAAGAAAAAAACUUACGAAUAUUUCAAAAAGCAAUAAUUUACACUUGUUCUUUUAAAAUACUUCACAAGUUUUCGAACCAAUGAAAAUGUUUUUUGGCAACUCUCUAGAUAUUUUUGAACCCAAUCAACAAAAGCAAUUAUAAUUUCUCGGCAAGAAUCCCAGGCUAAUCUUCUAAAGAGAGCAAUUAGCGGACGCACUGAGCAGGUGCGAAUCAUCAAAAGGGCAUGGUAUUGAUUGAAUGCGCGGUAUAAAGAUCCCUCAAGCGUGGUAGUGCGUGAGAUGGUGAGAGAGGUCAAACAAAAAGUGUCCAACCAUGGUGGGUCGCGUAGAUAGAGCGGCAAAAAAUUGGCGCGAAUAGGUACCGAGGAGGCAUUGUAAGACCCUCAGUCAGACUCUGCGCCAUUCCACCGACCACCACCACCGCUCGCUGCUGCUCUCUUAGUCAUGAGUGCCAUCAAGAUUUCCGGACUUCUAGAAUCGCUAUCUUUUUCCGACUCGAUGAUUCCCGGCUCACAACAAUACAUGCCUGGCCUUCUCGGCAACUCGUCCAUGAAUAACCCGACGAUGAACAGCCAGCCAGUCAACAACCAGUACAUGUCAGGACCGCCAGUACCAACAAGUAGCCAGCAGUUCGUCCCGCCAACCACUCAACAGUCCUCCAGCAUUCAGGUUUAUUUAUUUUUUGUGUUUUUUUGAGAUUCGACAUUUUCCUAAUGUUCAAAAAAAUUCAAAAGUUUAAUUCAUAUAUUAUUUACGGACGUUUUUAUAUCGACUCAGGUCAGCCAGGAGCCAUUUUUCAUCUAAAAAAUGCCCAAAAACACCUUCGGACUGUAUUUUUUUCCCAUUUCCUCUUGAUAGAAAUGAAAUUUUGAUAGUUUUAGACAAAAAUUCAGAGCUCAUCCCAAAAAAAGACAAGAAAAACCACUCAAUCGAUUGUUUGAACACCUCUGUGUUGAAAUUUUUUAGACUUUUAUUCUCGAAGAAAGUUUUUCCAACUCAUUUUGAUUACAGGACAUGUUUCCGGGCAACUCAACGGGUGUCGGUGGAUCACAAUCCUACGCAGAUGUACCUUCAAGAGGCGGCGGCAGUCUUGCUCCAGGAGCUCCAAUCGGAGCCUCGGGCACCUCGAGCGAGACGACCGCACCUCAACAACACGCACAGCUCACCAGCAGCACCGGCGCCUUGCAAUCGUCAGUUUUCCGAUAAUCAACGCCUACUCGAAGAAACUCCGCUGGAAAAAUUCAUAUUGAAGGGAAAAAAGUCCCAAAAAAUAUAAACUUUUUCAUUUUGGCUUUCUGUAGUGAACUAAGUGUACCUUUUUUUAAACAGUCGAACUAUCUCUUGAAGAAAAAUUCUAGUUGAUAAAAUCCUCAGAUUUCACCUCGAAAAUUUUCCACUGAUUCGACUUUUUAGCCAGUUUCAAUCAUGAAAACUACACCUUUUCGCAUGGCCCCAAAAAAACAAAUGAAAGUUUAUAGUAUAGAUAGAUUAUUUGUUUUUCUUUCCUGAUGACAAUAAAUAAACUAUCGGAAUUGCAGGCUGUCAGCGUCGGGUGUCCAAUUUCAAUGUCCUCGACGGCCGAACCACGGUGUCGAAGGUCGAGCGAUUCUACUCAGGGCCAACCAUUUCGCCGUCCGGAUACCUGGAGGAACCAUUCACCACUAUCAAGUUGAUGUUCAUCCAGACAAAUGUCCACGACGAGUGAAUAGGUUAGCUUGGGGAGCGAAUUAUCGAUUAUCAUCUUAUCAUUUGCAGGGAAAUCAUUGCGUGUAUGAUUCGGUCCUUCUCAAAGUACUUCAACAAUGUGCGUCCGGUGUAUGACGGAAAGCGGAACAUGUACACCAGAGAUCUCAUCCCAUCUGUCAUCGAUCGCAUGGAUUUUGAAGUAGCUUUUGACAAGAUAACUUUGAAAACUGAAUGUAUACUCAGGUCACCUUGCCUGGAGACACGGCAGUUGAACGAAAGUUCUCCGUUUCCAUCAAAUGGGUCGGACAAGUGUCGCUUUCCACUCUAGAAGACGCGAUGGAAGGCAGGAUACGACAAGUUCCGUUCGAAGCCGUUCAGGUAGCUCUGAAAAAUUGAGUCUUUGAUGGAAAAAAGAGUUCUGCAGGCUAUGGACGUUAUCCUUCGACACCUUCCCAGCUUGAAGUACACCCCAGUCGGCCGCUCUUUCUUCUCGCCUCCAAUGGCUGCUCAUCAAGCUCAAGGCCAACACGGCCAAGUCGCCACGGAGAGCAAACUCGGAGGUGGUCGCGAAGUUUGGUUCGGUUUCCACCAGUCGGUGCGACCUUCGCAGUGGAAGAUGAUGCUGAACAUCGAUGGUUAAUUCUGAAGGGAUUUAUGAAGUUUCAAGGAUGAUUUUCAGUGUCUGCCACGGCUUUCUACCGCUGCAUGCCCGUCAUCGAGUUCAUCGCUGAAGUCCUUGAGCUUCCAGUUCAGGUAAAGCUGUAUCUCCAAGAACAGCAUCUCAUUCGUUGUUUCAGGCUCUGGCUGAACGUCGUGCUCUUUCUGAUGCUCAGCGCGUCAAGUUCACAAAGGAGAUCCGUGGCCUCAAGAUCGAAAUCACGCACUGUGGAGACAUGCGCCGCAAGUACCGUGUUUGCAACGUCACUCGUCGUCCAGCUCAAACGCAAACGUAAAACAAAAAUCUUCAUUUUCGGUUUUCCAUGAUCCAUUUUUCAGCUUCCCGCUCCAACUGCCGACCACUGGACAAACUAUCGAAUGCACUGUUGCCAAGUACUUCUACGACAAGUAUCGCAUUCAGCUCAAGUACCCGCAUUUGCCGUGUCUUCAGGUAGACUUUCUUGUUAUAAAACCUUUCAAAAUUAAUGAAAUUUUAGGUCGGACAAGAGCAGAAGCACACGUACUUGCCUCCUGAGGUGUGCAACAUCGUGCCUGGCCAGAGAUGCAUCAAGAAGCUCUCCGACGUUCAGACCUCGACCAUGAUCAAGGUAAGGAUUUCUGAGCUUCUUUCAGUUAUAAAAAUAAUAUUUUCAGGCUACCGCCCGUUCUGCACCAGAAAGAGAACGAGAAAUCUCCAACCUCGUGCGGAAAGCUGAAUUCUCUGCUGAUCCAUUCGCCCACGAGUUCGGAAUCGCCAUCAAUCCGGCUAUGACGGAAGUCAAGGGACGUGUUCUGUCGGCUCCAAAACUUCUCUAUGGAGGUCGCACCAGAGCUACUGCUCUUCCCAACCAAGGUGUCUGGGAUAUGCGUGGCAAACAGUUCCACACUGGAAUCGACGUCAGAGUGAGUUUCACUUUAUCUCUCCCACAAAACAUUGAGAUUCUUCCAGGUCUGGGCUAUUGCGUGCUUCGCCGCACAGCAACACGUCAAGGAGAACGACCUUCGGAUGUUCACUGCUCAGCUUCAACGCAUUUCCAACGACGCUGGCAUGCCAAUUGUGGGCCAACCUUGCUUCUGCAAGUAAGAAUUUUUCAUCAUCUCUCAGAAGAUGAUCAUAAUUUUCAGAUACGCCGUUGGAGUGGAACAAGUCGAGCCGAUGUUCAAGUACCUCAAGCAGAACUACUCCGGCAUCCAGCUGGUUGUUGUCGUGCUUCCUGGCAAGACUCCUGUCUAUGGUAAAACUUUUUCAAGUAGACUUCAUUCAAAUUUCUAUUUUCAGCUGAGGUCAAGCGAGUUGGAGACACAGUCCUCGGAAUCGCCACUCAGUGUGUCCAGGCCAAGAACGCCAUCCGAACCACGCCUCAGACGCUCUCCAACUUGUGUCUGAAGAUGAACGUGAAGCUUGGCGGCGUGAACAGCAUUCUGUUGCCGAAUGUCCGUCCGCGAAUUUUCAAUGAGCCAGUCAUCUUCAUCGGCUGCGACAUCACGCAUCCACCAGCUGGCGACUCGCGGAAGCCUUCGAUCGCAGCUGUGGUCGGAUCCAUGGACGCUCAUCCCAGCAGAUACGCGGCGACGGUCCGAGUUCAGCAGCAUCGCCAGGAGAUCAUCUCCGACCUCACCUACAUGGUCCGCGAGCUGCUCGUCCAGUUCUACCGCAACACUCGCUUCAAGCCCACCCGUAUUGUCCUCUACCGUGAUGGAGUCUCCGAAGGACAAUUCUUCAAUGUAUGUUAAAAUCUGAAAUUUUCUGAAAAACAGAGAAAUAAUUUGAUGCUUUCAGGUGCUGCAAUACGAACUAAGAGCGAUCCGAGAGGCUUGCAUGAUGCUCGAGCGUGGCUACCAGCCAGGAAUCACGUUCGUCGCCGUCCAGAAGCGCCACCACACUCGUCUGUUCGCCGUGGACAAGAAGGACCAAGUCGGCAAGGCCUACAACAUCCCGCCUGGAACCACCGUCGACGUUGGAAUCACGCAUCCGACCGAGUUCGACUUCUACCUCUGUUCCCACGCCGGUAUCCAAGGAACCUCACGUCCAUCCCACUACCACGUUCUCUGGGAUGACAACAGUCUGACCGCCGAUGAGCUCCAACAGCUCACCUACCAGGUAAAUUACUGCUGGCUCACUUCAAUACAUCUAAAUCUUGCAGAUGUGCCACACCUACGUCCGGUGCACGAGGUCAGUCUCCAUUCCGGCGCCGGUUUACUACGCUCACUUGGUGGCCUUCCGAGCUCGUUAUCACUUGGUCGACAGAGAGCACGAUUCCGGAGAAGGAAGUCAACCUUCUGGCACCAGUGAAGACACAACCCUGUCAAACAUGGCGAGAGCUGUUCAAGUAAGAAGAAAACUUUCGGUUUUGAAAAAUGAAAAAAUUUUUAGGUACAUCCUGACGCAAACAACGUCAUGUAUUUUGCUUAA